AUGUCGGACCCCAACUCGCUGACGAAUUGUCGCUUCUACGAGGAAAAAUAUCCGGAAAUCGAUAGUUUUGUCAUGGUGAACGUCAAACAGAUUGCAGAGAUGGGCGCCUACGUUAAACUCCUAGAAUACGACAACAUCGACGGCAUGAUCCUCCUCUCCGAACUCUCUCGAAGACGUAUCCGAUCCAUACAGAAACUCAUCCGCAUCGGUCGCAACGAAGUCGUGGUGGUCCUCCGAGUAGACAAGGAAAAGGGCUACAUUGAUCUGUCAAAACGAAGAGUCUCGGCCGAGGACAUUGUGCGUUGUGAGGAACGGUACAACAAGAGCAAGUCGGUCCACUCCAUCAUGCGGCACGUUGCGGAGAAGACGAAGACACCCAUUCUGAAGUUGUACGAGUGCAUCGGUUGGCCACUCAACCGGAAAUAUGGCCACGCCAAUGAUGCUUUCAAGCUCUCCAUCACAAACCCGGACGUGUGGAACGACGUGACAUUCCCCAACGAGGUUGUCAAGGAGGAAUUGAUGACAUACAUCAGCAAGAAACUGACACCGCAUCCGACAAAAGUGCGGGCCGACGUGGAGGUGACGUGUUUCAAGUACGACGGCAUCGACGCUGUGAAGGCGGCUCUGAGGCAGGCUGAGGCAAGAAAUUCUGCGGAAACACAAGUCAAGGUCAAGCUGGUGUCUCCCCCACACUACGUCCUCACCAGUCAGUGUUUGGACAAGGGUAUGGGUAUUCAGUUGCUCGAGCAGGCAAUCAAGGACAUUGACGACAAUAUCAAAGAAGCGGGGGGUGCGUGUGUGAUCAAGAUGGCCCCCAAGGCCGUGACGGAACAUGACGAUGCGGAAUUGCAAGCGCUGAUGGACAAGAGGGCACGGGAGAAUGAGGAGGUCAGCGGUGAUGAGGACGUGAGUGAGAGUGACGAAGGACCGGAGGUUGCAUAA